AUGCAGAGAUUCAUCACCGAGGAUGUGUUUAUGAGGUCAGAACAACCUACCUUUACCGAGCCGAUGUCAUCGACUUUGAAAGAAUUAUCAGAUCGUGCGCUCUACGAUGAAGAAUCGGCUCGGACCUAUUUCCCCGAUUUGAAAGCGACCGUAAUUGUUGGUACAAGGACGACCUGGAUAUUUGCCUGGGGCUCGUUGGAGACUCAAAGGAUUCACAACACCCAUGUGGCUGAAGGAGCUGUCAUCAGCAAAAUUCCUGCCACACUGCCACGCCGUUAUAUACCUCAGGAUCCGUUAUCUGGACUGCAAUCCAAGGUACUGGGUGGCAGCUCGAUUUAA